AUGGCGAUUUCCUCUGUGGUCCCCCGCUGCUCUGCGUGGAGUCGCUGGGCUCGGCUAAGAUGGCUGACGAGCUGCCACAGGAGGAUCGUGGCACAGCAGAGCGUGACUUAUGCCCCGGGGAUGCUUCAGCAGAGGGAACUGCCAGGUGUGCCCACGAGCGUGGUUUCCAGGCCCUGGGCCGUGAGGCCUCGGGGCAGAAGAGUGCUCCAUGCAGCCUCCUCCAGCCUCCAGGAGGUCAUGCUGACGAGUGAGCGUUACAGAGUGCAGCGCCUGCCCUUCUCCCGGGUGUCUGACAGUGACAUGGCUUUCUUUGAGUGCAUAAUGCCAGGUAGAGUAAUCACAAAUCCUGAGGAAUUGAAACCAUUUAACGUGGACUGGCUUAAAUCAGUCCGAGGCAGUAGCAAGCUGAUGUUGAAGCCGCAGACAACAGCAGAGGUGUCUCAAGUUCUCAGAUACUGCUAUGAGAGGAACCUUGCAGUGAACCCACAGGGGGGUAACACAGGCCUCGUUGGGGGCAGCGUUCCUGUCUUCGAUGAGAUCAUUCUCUCCACUGUUCUCAUGAACCGGAUCAUCAGCUUUGACAAGGUGCCUGGAAUCCUUGUGUGCCAAGCUGGCUGCAUCUUAGAGAAACUCAAUGAAUACUUGGAGGAGCAGGGGUUUAUCAUGCCACUUGACUUGGGAGCGAAAGGUAGCUGUCACAUCGGUGGUAAUGUGGCCACAAAUGCUGGAGGCUUACGGCUCUUGAGAUAUGGCUCUCUCCGCGGGACAGUGCUCGGCCUGGAAGUGGUGCUGGCUGAUGGCUCGGCUCUGGACUGCUUGGCAUCUCUGCGCAAAGAUAACACUGGCUAUGAUUUGAAGCAGCUUUUCAUUGGGUCUGAGGGGACCUUGGGAGUUAUCACUGCUGUCUCCAUACUGUGUCCUCAGAAACCCAAGGCUGUGAAUCUGGCAUUUCUAGGGUGUCAGAGUUUCACUAAGGUUCUGGAAACAUUUACAACCUGCAGAGCCAUGCUGGGAGAGAUCCUGUCUGCAUACGAGUUCAUGGAUGAGAAGUGCAUGGAAUUGGUUGAGAGAUAUCUCAAGCUGUCCAGCCCCGUGGCAG